AGAAGGAUUUAUCCGUUAAUUAAAUACAACACGGAAUAUUCACUUUGUACGUCGUACGAGUUUCUCCACAGAAUUUUUAUAUAGCAUAAGAUUUAAUUUUCCCACUGUACCAAAAAGAAAUAGUUUCGUGAAGUUGGUAUCCAAGAAAUCAAUUUCAUUACGCGCGUGAGAAUUGGACGCCGGGAACAAAACGCUUUUGGCAUCAUCGCCAUCUUGUGUAUUACAUAGUGAGGUGCGUGGGUCGUGGUCGAGAAGUAUUUUAAUCAAAGUGGAAUACCCUGAUAACAAAAGAGAAAUGUCGUACGGACGAAAUGAAUGCAGAAUUUAUGUUGGAAAUCUACCACCCGAUAUCAGGACGAAGGAUAUCCAAGAUUUAUUUUACAAGUUUGGGAAAGUUACAUUUGUGGACUUGAAGAACAGGAGAGGACCGCCUUUUGCAUUUGUUGAAUUCGAGGAUCCAAGAGAUGCAGAAGAUGCUGUUCAUGCUCGGGAUGGGUAUGACUACGAUGGCUAUCGGCUGCGUGUGGAGUUUCCACGUGGAGGAGGACCAGGUGGCUUCAGAGGAAGUAACCGUGGUGGUGGUGGGGGUGGAGGUGGCGACAGGGGUGGCAGAGGCAGGGGACCUCCAGCCAGACGUUCCCAGUACCGAGUCCUUGUUACAGGAUUGCCACCCUCAGGAAGUUGGCAGGAUUUGAAGGACCACAUGCGUGAAGCUGGUGAUGUUUGUUUUGCUGAUGUUUUUAAAGACGGCACUGGUGUCGUGGAGUUCCUGCGUUAUGAAGACAUGAAAUAUGCUGUAAAGAAGUUGGAUGAUUCUAGGUUCCGCUCUCAUGAGGGUGAGGUAUCAUACAUCCGGGUGAAGGAGGACUAUGGUGGUAGUGGAAGUGGUGGGCGAGGGAGCGGAGGAGGCAGAUCUCGCAGUCGCAGCUACUCACCACGGCGACGUGGUUCUCCCACUUACUCGCCAGUUCGGCGCAGCUUCUCCCGUUCACGGUCAAGGUCCAGAUCACGCUCCUACAACUGAGGUGUUGCUGCUGCCCAUUGCUCAUCUGCCAAGAUGAAUGAACAGACGAAGCUGUGGAUAUAGAGAUGAUUGGUGUAAGACUACCACAGUUCAUAUUUGCUUCAAUUUGCAUUCUUGAGUUGUGGGGCUGGAGAAGUUUUCAGACUUGAAGUGAAACACACAUGAACACAGUAAACAUUCCUAGAGACAAAACAUCAGAGACUCACUUGUGAAUACAUCAAGUUUUCUGUCUUUGUUUAAUUAAUGGGCCAAAUUUUAUAAGAAUCUGUAAUGGGCAAGGCAUGUGUGGUUUUGUCAGUGGUAAGUUUUAUGUUGAUGUAAAGGAGUAGCAGAAGGCUUUGCUUGGCCCUCUGCUCUCUGUACUCACAUAUUCAAGAUUGUUCUAAUGUUUUUUUCUUUCUUCUCUUUUUUUACACCAUGUGGAUAGCAAUUGUAAACGGAUGAGGCAACGUUUCCCAUUAAAGGAUCAUGUCUUAGUAA